AUGAUGGCUCCUAGAGGCGGAACUCGGCUUGCUUCAGGCAGAGAUGUACACAAGAGUCAGCGCAAUGGAAACUCUUGGGAGAGUUUCGCAGCUCCGCCAUUAGCACGCCGACCUAAGCUCUUCUGCUGCUCGGUGGCUGAGAGUAACCCUGACCACCUGCCUCGCAGUUUCGUCAACCCAGGUCGUCACUUGAUGAAUCUCCAGCUGCGAACCUUUCUCGAAUGUGCGGACAAUGCUGAAUAUACCUUCUCCAAGUGUGAAGUCUCGCAUAUCGUCGAGGUGACCACCCGAGCUCUCCACAAUCCCUCCGUCUUGUCAAGCCACGACCCGUUCCAAGAACAGUGGAAUGUUCCAUCAGGAAUGCCUUUUGGCCUCUCCAUGAGCACCAAUACACCACCUUUGGAAGAAGAUGAGGACAGUGGCAUGAUUGUGGACGAAGAGGCGGCAAACAGCGAAAUUCCCUACAGUACCUACCAAAGCUUGUUGACGCGACACUUUGUCACCCAAAACAGCAACAAUGCCUGGCAAAUCCCGCCUCAUUCUCGGCAGUAUCGCGAAACCCAUGGAGAGCUAGCACAGGGAAGAGCUGGGAGUGAGAGAUAUAUCGAGAUAGCACCAUUCAAGACACUGCCCUACACUUCAGAGAGCAGUUCGGGGGGUUCAUCAGGGGGCGCAGGGGCUCGAACCUGGGUUCCAUCGUGCAGCAUGUUGAUGUGGUGCACUCAGCACAAUACUUUCUACGAAGUACACGUGCUCUCCUAG